AUCAUUUUGAUAUAUUUUGAAACGCAAUUGAAAUCUUGCAUCCACGAUAACAUGGUUGUGGUCAAAUGAAGAAAUAAAAAUGCUGAUUUUCGAUUUGUUUAUUCUUUAUUUACUUGCAACAAUAUUUUUCCUUCUAGUCUUUUCAUUCUAUUCAUCAAUUCGAAAAUAUUUUGAAAUAUUGUAUGAUGAAAAUUGUUUCGGUUUAUCAACCUUAUUCGAUUAUAGCCGUAAUGUUUAUCGAAAUUCCAAUGAUCAAUUAAACAAAUGGAUCAAGAAACUGAGUUACAAAUGUUUUCAAAACAUUCGAUUUGAUCCAUUCCGUUAUUGGUCUUACUGUGAUCAUUAUUUCGAUUUCGAUGCGAAAAAUUCCAAAGAUUACUCGGAUGAUCAAAAUAUAAAAUUGGAAAUCAACAAAUUGUCUGAAGUCAUCUGUGUUAAUUUUAUUGAUUUCUGGUAUGAUUGCAUUCAAUCUUCAUUACCUCGAGAAGGUGAAAAUUUUCGAAAACUAAUUAAGAAAAAUCUUAAUGAAGCAAUCUAUAAUUUUUAUCUGCUGACGCAACAAAAGCUGUGUAAUGAUUCAAGUUUUGCAAUACAAAUUUUCGAUAAACUCAAUGAUUGUCUAAAGAAGAGACGCCAUUACAGACAUCAUAAAGAUUUCGAUGACAUUGAACAACAAAUCUUUUCACAAGUUUUGGAUGAUAUUUUAAUUCGAGUCUUACCAAAAGAUGUAAAUUCUUUGAUAACCAAAUGUGAUGAUGGACAUAAUUCUGUUCGUCUUUUUGUUUAUAAUAUCCUUAUUUAUACAAUAAUUUUGCCUUCUAUUCAAAAAAUUACCGAUCCUUUUUUUAUACUCUACAAUUACCUCUAUCUAUGUUCAACAUGUUUUGGUACAAUGUCGUUAGAAGAUUUUGUUUUUCGGCUUGAAAAUAAAUCUCGUUCUUCAAAUUUAGACUCGACAGAUAAUCCAGAUCAAGACUUUCGACAAGACGAAACCGUUAAUCUUCUACAUAAUGAGCAAUCAUCUAGUCCGAACGAUUGGAGCAAAGGAUUUUUCAAUGAAAUUCGUAUUAUUCAGGCAAAGAUUUCAACAUCCAAUCCAUUUACAAACAAUAACAUGAAUAAAUCGGAAAAAUCCAAAGUAGAUCCUUAUAUUGAUUAUAUUAUUGUCUACAAUGUGCUAGUUAUCGAUGAUAAACAUCCAGAUUGUCAAUCUCGUUGGCAAUCCUAUCAAGUUUCGCGCCGAUUCAGUGAAUUUCUUUCGUUUCAAUAUCGUUUGGAGAAACAUCCUGAAUAUCGUAAAUAUAUGGUACGAUUGAAAAGAAAGCCUUCUAGUAUCUAUUUUCAUCCAAAUUCAUUGUUCAGCCAUCUGAUUCCGAAAACAUCAUUUCGUAAUAGUUUGAAUGCUAACUCAACAUUUGUUCAACAGCGACGUGAACAUUUAUCGGAUUUUCUCAAUGAAUUGGCACGUGUGAAAGUUAUCAAUGAAUCCAAAGAAUUUUGUGAAUUUCUUGGCUACAAAUAUAAGACUUUGAUCGAAGCCAAACAACUUCUUGUCAAGGGUUUAUUGAACGAAGAGAGAACAGAAGGAAAAAAGAAAAUUUCAAAAUUAUCAUUACUUAAUCUAAAUCGAAUGAAAGGAUAUUUUGACAUAUUUUUACCGGUAAAAGCAAAAUUCGGUCAGUUAGCAACUCAAAUUGAAAAUCUCUAUGUCAAUCAUCAAACGUUGAAUAAAUUCUCUAUCACGCCGAUCGAAUUUGAUGAUCCGAUGGCGAAUGAAAUGAUCCUGAAAAAUAAUCUUGAAAUAUGGCGCAAAACACAACAACCAUCGGAUCAUGAUGAUGAUCAACAUUCAAAUAAAGAAUAUUGCGAUCCGAUUCGUAAAGAAAUCAAGCCCGAUGACUAUUUGCCCCUUUAUCAACGAAUAACGAACACGAUAAUAUUGUUGAUAUUUCGAAAUGAUAGAUUUAUUUCACUGCAAUUUUUAGUCAACAAGAUCAGUUGGUUUCUUAUGGUUUGGUAUGCUAAACUACAAAAUAAUUUUCGAUACAAUGAAUUUUUUCGUUCUUAUAUACAUUCAUUACAUCGAUAUAUUAACGGUGAUUGUGUUCAACCUUCAAAUUUAAUGACCUACGAACGUUUUGUUGAAUUUUUCAAAGAUUCGACAAAUGCAAAAGAAAUACUACAAAAAUAUAUCGAUUUAAACAAAGAACAAUAUGCUACACAUUAUCAACAAAAAAUUGAAAAUGGUAGGAUUUAUUACAAAUUAAUCCAGUUUGCAUUGAAUACAACAUUCAUUGUAAUUGAUUAUCAUGCAAACAACUUGAUGACAGCAUUCAACAAUCAAAAAUAUAAUCGUUUUAUUGUCAUGAAUUUAGCUAAAGUUUUUCGAGAUAAAAUUAGUGUUUGAAUUCUUAAAAAAAACAAUGCUAUUUCGAUCCAAGUAACCAAACAUAAUACAUGUGGACAUCGAUUCAAUUCAACGAUUUGUUUUGUUUUCUUUAUUUUUUCAAAUUAUUGUGA